AUGUCCUAUCCAGUCGAUACAAUGGAGAUCAAUCUCGCCUCCAUCCAAACAAUAUGCAGCAAGGGCUCCCUUGGUGCGGACCGGAGGUUUGACCCUAAGGUCCUUGGGAACCACCGAGUUCUUGAUGCAACGGACAAGGAAGGUCAGGUGGUUGACCUCCCCGCCGACAAGGGCCGUGCCAGCGUGAUCCUCGACGCCCACACAUACCGGGACAAGAUGGGUGAGCUCAUCUCCACGGGCCCUUACCGGAAAUUGGCUAAGGACCCCACCGACCGGCUGUGCAGGAAGAUCACGGCCCAGCUUCUCGUCAAGUCCGGAAAUCUUGACGACGCCACCUACCGGAAGUUACGUCCCACAAGCAAACAGCCUCCCCGGAUGUACGGUCUACCCAAGAUCCACAAGCCGGGGACUGCCUUGAGACCCAUCGUCUCGUGCGUAAGUUCCUUUGCCUACAACCUCUCCAAGCAUCUAGCCGGGAUCUUGUCACCGCUAACCGGUAACACACCAAACACCGUGCCCAACUCCAUAGCUUUCGCAGAGUUCCUCCGCGCGCAGCAUAUCAGCAGCCAUGAGGUGUUGAUCUCUUUCGACGUCGUGUCUUUGUUUACCAACGUCCCCAUAGACGGCGCUUGCUGUGUGGCCCUUCGUCGCCUGGAGGAAGACCCUGAGUUGCCUGAUCGGACAUCGCUCUCCCCUGCUGAAAUCGUCUCCCUGUUAGAGUUUGUCCUGCGUUCCACGUAUUUCCUAUACGAUGGAUCGUGCUACGAACAGACAGACGGAGCAGCUAUGGGUAGUCCGGUAUCAGCAGUUAUUGCCAAUCUGUACAUGGAAUCGUUCGAGGAGGAAGCCCUGCAGAGUUGCCCACCCGACUGCUGUCCUACCCUGUGGAAACGGUACGUCGAUGACACCUUUGUUAUUGCACCACGGGAUCAAGUCAGCCCUCUGCUCGACCACCUGAACAGUCUCAAGCCCAGCAUCCAGUUCACCAUCGAGAAUGAGCAAGACAACAGCAUUGCAUUCCUGGACACCAUGGUCCACAGGAAACCCGAUGGCAGCCUGACCAGCACCGUGUAUCGCAAGCCUACCCACACCGACCAGUAUCUGGCCUUUGACUCACACCACCCAGUGUCCGUCAAGAGGGGCGUGGCUAAGUGCCUACAUGACCGCGACUCACGCCUAGUCACCAGACCGCACCACACAGCCGCCGAGAGACGCCGGAUCACCGCUGCCCUCACGGCGAACGGAUAUCCAGCGUUCUUCAUCCGGCAGUCAUCGAGACCCAAGACCAGCACCGAAGUGGAGCGACCGUAG